AUGAGCCAAGAAGUACGCAGUCGAGCAAACGAUCCUGAGAAGAACCUACAAAAUAGUAGUGAACAGAUAUGCAAAAAUGUUACACUGACAACAAUUCUUAGUCAACCCGUUUACGAUGUUUUCAUUCAGCAUGAUAAAAAUUUCUGUCGAAUAGAUCGAAAUCAAUACGAGAGAAUGCUGGAAGCACGAACAAACGAUCUCGUAAGCAUUAGUCCUUCAGAAAGCAUACAGUCAGCGCUAGCAGUACAAACAGCUUUUCAUGACACUUCAAUUUUAGUGCAAGGAUUCUUGUCCGGAUUUGCCACUUUUCAUGCCCUUUUUGCUCUUGUUUUGGCUGAUACCGAUACACUUCACGGAGGUUACACAUGGUUAGCAAUGCCAGCACAAGCAACUUUUUAUAUUUGUUUUGUCAUAAGUACAAUUGCAGCAUUUGACAGAUUUGAAGGCAGCUCAAGUUUGAUAGAUAACUUUAAACGUGGAUUACGUUUACAAAGUGGUAGUUUAAGUAUAAUGUUAUGCCUACUUGGUACCGUAACCACUUUAACUUCAGUAAUAUGUGAUGAAUGGCUUGCAGCACCACUGGAACAGCGGCAAAUAAUUAAGGAAUUUAUUAAUGUGCAUCCUUUUGAUGCUUGGCGUAUUCUUAGUGGAAUUCGUGCCCUGGCCGCUUUAUUAAAUUGGUUUUUCUUCACUUUUUCAGCAAACAAAAAUAUGUUGCUGAAGCACAUUCGUUAUCCAGAAGAAGCAGAUGUUAAAAACUGUAAUGGACCAUAA